GGUGAAAUGCAUUACAUCCCUGCUGGACUGGACUCUUACAUACAGCUGCCACAUGAUGGAGGUGUGGCAUAUGCUGCUCAAGAAUCCUGGGUGCAGAAUGAGACUAUUUCAUAUUCCCAGAACAACAUUGUGUUUGGCAUGCCAUACAAUGAAGAACGAUACAACAGAGGUAUGCAGUACAUAUGUGUGCUAAAGUGUGAUCUUGACCUCUUCAAAUCAGGCAAUGCAACUGAAGUUGGUGAGAAGGGUAUCACAUUGAGGUGA